UCAGUAGCCCAGGUGAUAGCUGUAUAUAUUUUCCCCCCCGAUUUUCCAGUCUCCAACCUGAAACAAAAAAAACACAAAGCGAGGAGAGUUGAAAGCGAAAAAAAGCGUUUUAACCUUUAAGCGGUUGCCUGGCACUACAGCAAGCACACCUACACCACUAAACGCACACAACUACACACACUCAGCAACACACACACACACACUCAUAAGAGCGGCUCUGGCAACCGCGUUGUCAACUGCUUUAUCGAUAAGUUUGUUUUGUUUGUUGGACAUCACGCAACCGGCUCAGUUGCCAGAAUCUAACAGAGGAGACUGGUCCUGCAACUAGGAGAUCCCUGAAUAAAGCAGAUUUAAGGAAGAACAGCGAGUACAAGAGCCGCCAAAAUGCCGCCGAAGGGUAAAAAGGGCAAGAAGGGCAAAAAAAUGCCAGUUCUUAUCGAUGGCGUGGACACCUCGGCCAUGACCCGUGACCAGCUGGAGGCCUUUGCCCUCCGGCUGAAGGCGGAAAUGGAUCGGGAGAGGGAGGAGCGCAACUACUUUCAGUUGGAGCGGGACAAGAUCCGCACCUUUUGGGAGAUCACGCGCCAGCAGCUGGAUGAAACCCGCUAUGAGCUGCAGCAGAAGGACAAGGAGAUCGAGGCCACACAGGACCUGGCGGACAUCGACACCAAGCAUGUGAUGCAGCAGAUGAAGCAUCUGCAGUUCGAGAACCACAACAAGCUGGGCGAACUGCGCGCCGAGGCUAUGACCCAGCUGAAGCUGGCCCAGGAGCACCAUGCCCUCCAGGAGAACGAGCUGCAGCGGGAUAAGCGCCAGCUGCGCCGUAUGCUCCGCGAGCGGAUGGAGAUGAGCGAGAUGCAGCUGCGCCAGAUGGAGGCUCACUUCAACGAAAAGCUUCUGGAUCAGCGCAUCACCUUCGAGCGCGAGCGCAAGGACAACGAGAUGCUGCACGAGGAGAAGAUGAUCGAGCAAAAGGCCAAGCUGGAUCUGUUCUAUGGCACCCAGAUGUUCGAGGUGGAGGAGCGCAAGAAUCAGCAGAUCAAGGACCUGCAGGACCACCACGAUCUGGCCUUCAACGACAUGAAGAACUAUUACAACGACAUCACCAUCAAUAAUCUGGCACUGAUUGGCAGCAUGAAGGAGCAGCUGGAGCACCUCCGCAAGCAGGCGGAGCGAUCGGACAGGAUCGCUGCCGACACAGCGGCGGAGAACCGACGCCUAAAGGAGCCUCUGGAGUCGGCCAACAUCCAGUUGAACGAGCUGCGCCGUAAGCUUGGCUUCUACGAACGCGACAAGCUGCAGCUAAGUCGCCUCAAGACGCGAAAUACGCGCCUGGAGAAGAAGGUCAAGGGUCUCACCUGGGAGGCUGAAACGCUCAUCCUACGCAACGAUUCCCUGGUAACCGAACGGGAGGGACUAAAGGAGCGUUUCAACGACGUCAUUGUGGAGCUGCAGCAGAAGACUGGCCUGAAGAAUGUCCUCUUGGAGAGAAAGAUCGCGGCCUUGGUAAGGGAGGACGAGAAGCGCAGCAUAGUUCUGCACGAGACCAUAGCCACCUGUGCCCCGAACUUUGCCGAUAAGUUGACGUGCCUGGACGAGCGUGUGGGCAACAUUGUUGACGAGAAGAACAAGAUUAUUUUGGACCUGCGCUACCAGGUGGCCAAGGCGCGCAAGGCCCACGACGAUCUCCUGGAGACCUACGAGUGCAAGCUCAAGCAGUACGGAAUUCCCGUCGAUGAGCUGGGCUUCAAGCCGCUCAAGGAGCGGGAACAUCAGCAGCUGUAUGUGUGCGGACCGGCGGGAAUAAUCACGGAGAAUAAGUAAAGGACAUGGGAGAGGAAGCGGAAGUGGAAGUGGAAACAGGAGAAGUACAGAAGAGCAAGAUUCUCUCCUACGAAAGGCUUCUAUCCAAAUUAACCAAUUUAAUUCUAAAAUCAGUUUUAUUUUAUCAAGAGCCGAGUAUGUUAAUAAAUUAAAAAAGUAAUAAAUAUCUAAAGUUCAGAAGAAAGAAUAAAGUUAAA